AUGCAUCACUACAAGGGAAAGAGCCGAGAGUCGGAUCCUGCCCCUCUUGAGGAGGGCGAGGCUGAGAGGAUACGGUCACCUGUGAAUGGCAAGUUGAUCAAAGUUGGCGGCCCAUCGUUUCGCAAGUUGGUAGACAUGGGAUACACGUAUAAGGAAGGGAAGCUGACGAAGAGCGGAGCAGUACGUCGAGAAGCAACUACGGAUCCUGUGGUGGCUGAGAAGGGAGCAGUAGGUUCCAAGGGUUGGAGGCUCUUGCAUGAAGAUGAUGAUAUCCUGGUGGUUGACAAAGCUGAAGGAGUCCUGACGGUGCCCGGGGUGAGGCAAGAGAACAAAGACAGUCUGCUGACGCGCCUGGAGAUGGCCUACCCCGGUGUCACGUGCGUCCACCGGCUAGACAGGGACACGUCGGGGCAAGCUCUGCUGAUCCUGGUUCUCGGCAGAUCCAGGUCGUUCGAGGACAAGCUGGUGACUAAGUUGUACAUUGCCAUGGUGGAAGGCGUCGUCCCUGCCCCCGUCAGCCCGUCCGACUUGGAGCCGACAUGGGGAACUAUAGACUAUCCUAUAGGGAAGGACGAGGCCUCCCAGAUAGACAACAAGUGCUGGGUGAGGAGGAUGAAAGUUGACUUCGAGCAUGGAAGACCCUGCUUGUCUAGAUACAGGGUCCUGGAGGUCUUGUCAGACCCUCCUCGCACGCUGGUGCUUCUGUUCCCGGGGUCCCAGAGGGUCGUCGACAUGUCCGAGACAGCUGGCGCAGGAAAGCGUCUGCUGCUGCACGCUUUUCAGAUUUGCUUCAGGCAUCCAAGUACUGACCAGGAGCUGACGUUCCAUGCACCAUGUCCUUUCGUCCCUGAGAUCCAACAACCGUUUGCCAUGCCCAGCAAGUCCGUCACUACAUGA